AUGUCAACAACAUACCACCUUCCUUUAACAAACAUCAUGCUCCUUCUGUUCCUCUUUACAACCUUAACAUCUUUAGCAACAACCUCUUCCAUUCCACGAGAGCUUCUCAAAGGCUUCUCCGCAGUUCCACUCUCUACAUCCACCUCGUUUCAACCCGUUCUAUCCGACCCAACCGGCAACUUCUCUCUCGGCUUCCUCCGACAGAACCAAAACGACCUACAACUAGCAGUCGUUCACACACCUUCCUCCGAACCACUAUGGAUCGCCAACCCAACCCAAUCCGCAUCAUGGGCCGACACCACGCGCCUCUUCUUCAACGGCAGCCUAGUUUUAUGGGAUUCCCAAAGAAGCAUCACGUGGUCGACAAACACAGACGGAGACCGCGUGGUGCUUCUCAACACCUCGAACCUUCAAAUUCAAAACAAACCAACUACCAAAACUCCACUCUGGGAAAGUUUCCACUUUCCCACAAACACCCUCGUUCAGGAUCAAAACUUCACCACCAACAUGACUUUAGUAUCCUCUAACCGGCUCUACUCUUUACGGUUAGGCGAUAAUUUCAUGGGCUUAUACACAAUUAACUCCGAAGAAGAACAAGGAAGGUCGUUAUCAAAACGGUUAUUUCUGUUAUACUGGAAACACACUGCACUACAAGCAAAAGCUAGAGUAGUAACCGGUGCGGGACCCAUUUCCGCAAGAGUAAGCACAGAGGGUUAUAUCGGAAUGUAUCAAACAAGUUCUAAACCCAUUGACGUUCAGAAAUUCAACAGCUUCCAACAACCAUCAUCGACGUCGUUUCUCUUGGUCCGGUUAGAAUCCGACGGGAAUCUCAAAGGGUAUUAUUGGGAUUCAACAAAGUCCACCUGGCUAUUAAACUACCAAGCUAUAACAGAAACCUGUGAACUUCCGAAUCCUUGCGGUUCGUAUAGUUUGUGUACGCCGGGUGAGUCUAGUUGUUCUUGUUUAGAUAACCAAACCCGGUUCGAACCGGGUGGGUGUUUCAAUGGAGAUGGUGGUGGAGAUGGUGAAUUAUGCGGUGUGGAUGGAAUUGGCGGAGAAAAAAAUUACAUGAUUCUGAGAAGGAACGGCGUGGAGCCACCGCAUAAGGAGUUGUUGGAGGAAGUAACAACGUUAUCUUUGGAGGAAUGUGAAGGGUUAUGUGAGAAAAACUGUAGAUGUUGGGGAGCGUUGUAUAAUAACCAAACCGGGUUUUGUUACGUUUUGGAUUAUCCAAUAGGAACAAUGUUGGGUACUGGAGAUGAGUCAAAAGUGGGUUAUUUUAAGGUGAGGAAGGCUGCACGGAAGAGGAAUAGGGUUGGGGUUAUACUUGGAAUUGUAGUUGCGGUUUUAGUUGGGAUUAUUGUUGUUGGGGGUGUGAUAUGUUUGGUGAGGUGGAGAAAGAAAAAAGCUAAUCUAAACGAGGAAGAUAAUUGGGCUUUGCCGGGCCCAUAUAAGAAUCUGGGAUCCGAAAGUUUUAGUUCGAUUGAAAUGUCGGGUAGUGCACAAUAA